AUGAAAACUUCAUACUAUUGGCGUAAUCAGAAAAUAUAGAUUUAACCUACAACUAGUCCUUAGAAUAAAACUAAAUUCGAAAAUCGAUUGAUCAAAACUAAAAAGUAACUAAGCUUUCAUGAAUAAGAGAAUUGGAAUGAUGAACAUAUUAUUAAAUAUCGUAAUCACUUGAAAGAUGUGAGAGAAUUAAGAUCAAAAUGGUAAAUCAUUGAUAGACCAUAGAAUGCGUCAGUCUAAGAAAAGGCUAGAUCAGACAUUUUAGACAUAGAAUAAUCAGUAAUUAUUUAAUUAUAUAAUUAGAUUCAUCAUGUAUCCAUUGAAAAACCAAAAAAGAAAAUUACUAUUCGUCCAUUCAGUUCUAAAUAACACAGACUAUUAUAAUAAAUAUCACAAAUUUACUCUUUUCAAACAUGUGCUAAUCGUUAAAAUAAAAUGAAACUCUUUUUAUAAGCUGAUGAUAAUUAUGCAAAUCGUUCAUUCAGAUAUUAUAAGAAUUUUACAAAUUAUCUUAACUCAAUCAAGUGA